GGCAACGAGCCUCGUGGCAUUAAGCGCGCCCGUACCAGCACUGCUGGCGAUGAUGACGAUGACGACGAUGACAAGCCUGGUCGUGAGCGUCGCAAGAUUGAAAUUAAGUUUAUUCAAGACAAAUCGCGGCGUCACAUCACCUUCUCGAAACGCAAGGCCGGUAUCAUGAAGAAGGCUUACGAACUUUCCGUCCUUACUGGCACUCAAGUGCUCCUUCUGGUCGUCUCUGAGACUGGUCUGGUCUACACCUUCACCACCCCGAAGCUUCAGCCGCUCGUCACCAAGCCUGAGGGCAAGAAUUUGAUUCAGGCAUGCCUCAAUGCUCCCGAGCCUCCGGACACUAACGGCGUCGACGGAGAGUCGGCUGUCGAUUCUCCUGAGGAGCAACAUGCUCCUCCGCCACCCAUGCCCCAAAACAUGCCUCCACAGAACAUUCCUCGUGGUCAAGCAAACGCGCCCUACAUCACCGCCGAUCAGCAACAAGCACUACAGUAUCAAGCUUAUCUACAACAGACACAAGGCGGCGCUUACCCGAUGCCUCCUCAGCAGCAAAUG